GGGAGGCUCCAGGAAGCUAGGAGGAGCUCCGGCAAGGUCGACAGCAGCAUCCUGCCCCAAGUACAGGAAGACUGUAGCUCGGCCGCCGUUAGCUCGGGGAAAACCGACAAAAUAGUGUCUUUUUAACAACGGUUGUAGAAGAAUAAACUUAGGAGGUGGCUGAACCUGUCUAUAUUUUAGCCUCUUGUGUCGAGCUAACCGGCUUCGUUUUCGCCACUCAACAUACGGCUUUUUUUUAGCACUUUUUUUUCUAACCAAGUAGUUGAGAGAACGGUAGUCAACUUCUGGAUCGGUGUGUGGGCCUAACGUGCCGUUCUCGAACACGGUUCACCCGUUACUUUGUGCGUUGAUUGUGCCAUGUCAGCGCCGUCGGUCACACCUCCCGCGGCGGCAGCGGAGGGCGAGCUUCUCAGGCCCGACGCCGGGGACAACAUGCCGGGUCCCACGCACAGCCAGAGCCGCUUCCAGGUGGACCUUGUGGCGGAGGCGGCGGCGGCUGUCGAGGAUAAGUCGCCGAGUUCCGAAGCCUCCACCACUGUCCCGUCUAGCGACAUGGCAACUCCCGGUGCGGUUCCGGAGGACCCGGGGACCAGCGGCGAGGAAGCCAAAGGACGGUUUCGAGUCGUCAACUUUGCGGACCCGAGCGAGGCGGGGAGCCCGGUCUCUCCGGACACGGCGCCGGCCGAGGGAGUGCGGAACGGGGACACGGUGAUGAGCGAGACCAGCUUGCAUUCAUCCACAGGCGGUCAGCAUCACUACCACUAUGACACCCACACGAACACCUAUUACUUGAGGACCUUUGGCCAUAACACCAUCGACGCCGUGCCCAACAUCGACUUCUACCGGCAGACCGCCGCGCCACUGGGGGAGAAGCUCAUCAGACCCACCCUGUCGGAGUUGCACGACGAGCUGGACAAGGAACCCUUUGAGGAUGGGUUUGCCAAUGGUGAUGAGUUGACCCCAGCCGAGGAAGCUGCAGCAAAAGAAGCCUUGGACUCUAAAGGAGUUGUCAAAUUUGGAUGGAUUAAAGGAGUGCUGGUCCGCUGCAUGUUGAACAUAUGGGGUGUGAUGCUCUUUAUUCGAAUGUCCUGGAUUGUGGGUGAGGCUGGAAUUGCUUUGUCCUGCUUAAUUGUUGCCAUGGCUACUGUUGUUACAACGAUCACUGGUCUCUCCACUUCUGCCAUUGCAACCAACGGAUUUGUUCGAGGAGGCGGAGCAUACUACUUGAUCUCAAGAAGUUUGGGGCCAGAGUUUGGAGGCUCUAUUGGUCUAAUCUUUGCCUUCGCCAAUGCAGUGGCAGUGGCUAUGUAUGUGGUGGGCUUUGCCGAAACUGUCGUGGAACUUCUUGCUGGUGCCGAUGCCCUCAUGACAGAUGAACUCAAUGAUAUUCGAAUUAUUGGCACCAUCACAGUAAUCCUUCUCCUGGGCAUAUCUGUUGCAGGAAUGGAGUGGGAAGCAAAGGCACAGAUCUUCUUGCUCUUUGUACUCAUCACUGCAAUUAUCAACUACUUCAUUGGAACCUUCAUCCCUGUAAAGUCGAAGGAAUCUGUGGGCUUCUUUGGCUAUGAUGGUUCUAUCAUGUGGGAAAACAUGGGUCCUAACUUCAGGGGGGAGACAUUCUUUUCUGUCUUUGCAAUCUUCUUCCCUGCCGCUACUGGUAUUUUGGCUGGGGCCAACAUUUCUGGAGACCUUGCUGACCCACAGCUUGCCAUUCCCAAAGGAACACUCCUCGCCAUAUUGAUCACAGGGAUAGUUUAUCUGGGAGUUGCUGUCUCUACAGGUUCCUGUAUUGUGAGAGAUGCCAGUGGAAAUAUGAAUGACACCGUCAGUUCUCAGUUCAUGGCAAACUGCACUGAUGCGUCUUGCAAAUUUGGCUUUGACUUCUCUGCCUGUAAGAGUGACAAAGAUGGCUGUCGCUAUGGGCUCCAAAAUGAUUUCCAGGUUAUGAGCAUGGUUUCUGGAUUUGGGCCCAUCAUCACUGCUGGAAUUUUCUCUGCCACUCUUUCCUCAGCUUUGGCAUCUUUGGUCAGCGCACCUAAAGUGUUUCAGGCUUUAUGCAAAGACAACAUCUACCCCAGCCUGACCUUGUUUGCUAAAGGUUAUGGCAAGAACAAUGAGCCUUUAAGAGGCUACAUCCUGACCUUUGUGAUCGCUCUUGCCUUCAUCCUCAUUGCGGAACUAAACAUCAUCGCCCCCAUUAUCUCUAACUUUUUUUUGGCCUCCUAUGCCUUGAUCAACUUUUCCGUGUUCCAUGCUUCAUUGGCUAACUCACCAGGAUGGCGCCCCAGCUUCAAGUAUUACAACAUGUGGGUUUCUCUUGCUGGAGCUGUACUGUGCUGUGUGGUAAUGUUUGUCAUCAACUGGUGGGCUGCUCUUUUCACCAACGUCAUUGUCCUUGGUCUCUACAUUUACGUCAGCUAUAAAAAGCCAGAUGUGAACUGGGGGUCGUCCACCCAGGCUCUGACCUACCACCAAGCUCUGACCCACACUUUGCACCUCAGCGGAGUGGAAGACCACAUUAAGAAUUUCAGACCCCAGUGUCUGGUGAUGACCGGUUACCCCAACUCCCGUCCAGCUCUGCUGGACCUGGUUCACAGCUUUACGAAGAACGUGGGUCUGAUGAUCUGUGGUCAUGUUCGCACGGGUUACAGAAGGCCUAACUUCAAAGAUCUUGCAACAGAGCAAUCACGGUAUCAGCGGUGGCUGCUGAAGAAUGAAACAAAGGCUUUCUAUACACCAGUGUUUGCAGACGACAUGAGGCAGGGUAGCCAGUUCCUGCUUCAGGCUGCAGGUUUGGGUCGUCUCAGGCCUAAUACACUAGUGAUGGGCUUCAAGAAUGAUUGGAGAGAUGGUGACAUGAUGAAUGUGGAGAUGUACAUGAGUAUAAUCCAUGAUGCAUUUGACUUCCAAUAUGGCGCUGUUAUCCUCCGAUUGAAAGAGGGAUUGGAUGUUUCACAUAUACAUGGACAAGACGAUUUGCUGUCCUCCCAAGAAAAGUCAUCUGGAUUGAAAGAUGUGAUUGUCUCUAUUGACACGAGCAAGGACUCUGACGGAGAUUCAUCGAAGCCUUCCUCCAAAGCCACAAGCCUCCAGAACAGUCCGGCUACACAGAAAGAUGAUGACGAUGAUGGCAAAACUCCAACCCAGCCCCUGUUGAAAAAAGAUAAGAAGAGCAUGACCGUACCGCUGAAUGUGUGCGACCAGAGACUGCUGGAGGCCAGCCAGCAGUUCCAGAAGAAGCAAGGGAAGGGCACUGUUGAUGUAUGGUGGCUGUUUGAUGAUGGAGGUUUGACUCUGCUCAUCCCCUAUCUGUUAACCAACAAAAAGCGAUGGAAGGAUUGCAAGAUUCGUGUUUUCAUUGGAGGCAAGAUCAACAGAAUAGACCAUGACCGCAGAGCAAUGGCAACUCUAUUGAGCAAAUUCAGGAUAGACUUCUCGGACAUCACUGUGCUGGGAGAUAUAAACACUAAGCCCAAAAAGGAACACGUGGCGGCCUUUGAGGAGCUGAUUGAGCCCUAUCGGUUGAAAGAAGACGACAUGGAGCAGGAGGCAGCUGAGCAUCUGAAAAACAGCGAACCAUGGAGGAUUACUGACAAUGAGUUGGAGCUUUAUCGUGCAAAGACUAAUCGUCAGAUCAGACUCAACGAACUACUGAAGGAGCACUCCAGCACAGCCAACCUCAUUGUCAUAAGCCUACCAUUGGCCAGGAAAGGUGCAGUGUCCAGUGCUCUGUACAUGGCCUGGCUGGAGGUAUUGUCCAAGGAGCUGCCACCCAUCCUGCUGGUGCGUGGCAACCACCAGAGCGUCCUAACCUUCUACUCUUAAAGUACACGAGGAGAAUGUAUCUCAUCCACCUAGUGUCUGUUAGUGGACCCACUUUUAUAAAUAUAUAUAUUCAUAUAUAUAUACACCUUCCAGUUCCAGUCCAAACAUAUGUACCAUGCACACGUGAGGAGAUAUUAUUAUAUUUCACGGCUAUGUUCUCAAACAAAGCGCCAAUAGUAACGUUAAGGAAUGGAUUGUGAUGGGAAAAGACACUUAGUUGAAGUAGAGUUGGAGGGUUUUUAAUAUAAACCAACUCUUCCUUUAUAUUUGUUCCUUCUAUUUAUCUCUUCUGAUUCAUACGUGGAAACGACCGAUCUCUGGUUUUAAAAGCAGUACUUUUGCACCCAACUUGCCAUGUAAUGUCGAAUACUUUCGUGGUCACACUUGUUAUAAAACCAAUUGGAUUGAGUUUUGAUGUUGAAGCAGUUUGCAAAGAUCCACUUGCUGGAAUAUUUGGAGAGAAGCAUGACGAAAGAAUGCUUCGCAACACCUUUUAAAAAGCCUUAUGGAUGUGCCUUCCAGUUGAAUCAGAUAAUAUACUGUAGAUUAUAAGAUGACUUAUUAUAUUGCUUCAUAGUUAGGGUAAUGAUUUUCGAACUUGAUUUUUUCAUAGUAGAGUGAAUUUGCAUGGAUUUAUUGAACAGUUAUUUCCCCCUUUGUCAACCUGUGUCUGGGGCCAACCUGGUUUUCUUUCUAUACUCUUUUUAGUCUUCCUUUUUCAAGAUCUUCUUGUUUUUGAUGCAAAAGACACUAUUACGGUAAGCUCACAGGCAAACGUGCCUGACAUCCAUAGAACAUUUUUGGUGAAUUGUAUCUGUCACUUGAAAAGUAGCCUCCUAUGUAGCUGCUGAUUCACUAAAUGAUUUCCUUCAAUACAUGCUUUUGUUUCUUGCAUUGUUUGUCCUUUGGGGGUAAAAAAAACUCCACUACCCAAUAAAUUAGUAAUAAGUUAGCCUUAAUAGCACAAUUACCAAGUGAUGGAUUUCUCACAUCUUUUCACUAUAUAGUGGAUCCAGUUUUUGUCCAACUCAUGAAGUCCUGGUCCACCAUGUUCGUAGGGGUUACCUUAUUAUGACUAUUAUUCUAGCUUGCAUGAUUUUGCAAAAGUGAAUGUGUGCUUAUGUCAAUUGACGGGCGACAGGAAAGAAAGGUAAUGUCUUCUUUCGUGGUAACAGUUCUCCACUGCUCUUUCAAUCUCCUUUUUAUAACAUGCAGCAUUUUAAAUGUCAACAAACUCAAAAAUGCUUAUCUUCCAUUUCAUGUUUCAUGUGUGUAUGCAAGCAAUAGCUAGUUUUGGGGUGUCCCGAUCCGAUAUUGAUAUUGGUCUGAUAUCAGAAAAAAAAAAACUAGUAUCGGUUUGCAUGUAAACGGUCCGAUACAAGCAGUCCUGCAGCAUGUUUACUUGUAGACAGCCAGUUCACAUCUAAAUGUCCUCCAAUAAGCACACAAGGUUGUUUUUUUCCCUGUAUUUUAGUCAAGUCAUUAACAAAAUGUAAACAUGGUAGGCUACUAGGAGCUAGCAGCUACCCAACAGCUAAGCACAAUAUAUUUCACAAGCUAGACAUAUGUGGUAAAAGUUUACUUCAAUAACAAUAUUGCAGUCUAAAGCAGCACAACUCACGAUUCAAUUUCUUGGGGUGACGAUUCGACUUAGACUCGAUCCUCAAUUCAAACUGACUCUUGCAAUAAAUAAUUGUUUUCAUAAAUGAUAAAACAUUUUCAAAACAGGUUACUAGUCACAAAAGCUCUUCUUGGCUGCUGACCUAUACACAGUGCAUUCAAGGCCUAAAAAUCGGCUUAUUAAAAGUAAAUUCUUGAACAUUUUGAAUGAAUUCAAAAUCAUAAUAAGAGUCUCUAUCUGGAUAUAUAAUGUAUGAAUCCAUUAGAGUUGCAUAUUACUUAUACAUACAAACUCAAAAAAGUAGAAGUGUUCUAGAAAGUAUCCAGUAACAAGCGUGUCCGCAUCGUUCAACUUACUGCGUCGUGACAAGCUUAUCUCAGUGAAUUAUAGUGACCGCUCGGUGCUGCCACAGAACAAUUACCACAUUACUUUAACUUAAAAGACAGCAUAAGAAUAGAAUGGAACCCUUUAUUGUAGGGAUGUCCGAUAAUAUCGGACUGAAAAUAUUAUCGGCCGAUAAAUGCUUUAAAAUGUAAUAUGGGAAAUUAUCGGUAUCGGUUUCAAAAAGUAAAAUGUAUGACUUUUUAAAACGCCGCUGUGUACACGGACGUAGGGAGAAGUACAGAGCGCCAAUACACCUUAAAGGCACUGCCUUUGCGUGCCGGCCCAGACACAUAAUAUCUACGGCUUUUCACACACACAAGUGAACAGCUAUACAGGUCACACUAAGGGUGGCCGUGUAAACAACUUUAACACUGUUACAAAUAUGGGCCACACUGUGAACCCACACCAAACAAGAAUGACAAACACAUUUUGGGAGAACAUCCGCACCGUAACACAACAUAAACACAACAGAACAAAUACCCAGAACCCCUUGCAGCACUAACUCUUGCAGCACUGGCAUUUUUUUCCAUAACUUGAGUUGAUUUAUUUUGGAAAACCUUGUUACAUUGUUUAAUGCAUCCAGCGGGGCAUCACAACAAAAUUAGGCAUAGUAAUGUGUUAAUUCCACGACUGUAUAUAUCGGUAUCGCUUGAUAGCGGAAUUGGUAAUUAAGAGUUGGACAAUAUCGAAAUAUCGGCAAAAACGCCAUUAUCGGACAUCUCUACUUUAUUGUCAUCAAACAUUAGAGCAUGGCGAAAAUAGACUGCUAGUAAUAAAUAAAUCUAAACUUUUCUAACAUUCCACCCUACAAAAAAUAAAAGUAUGUAUGAUUUCUGCUGAUAUCAUAGCAAUAUCAGUUACGGCCAAUACUCAAGGCUCCAAUAUCGGUAUCGGUGCUGAAAAAGUUGUAUCAGGACACCCCUACCGACAACCGCUGAGGAAAGUAAUACACUACCACACAUAUAUGUACUGUACUCUAUAUCUCCGUCCACAACUACUGUAUGUCUCUUCUAAGGCUUACUACUGUAACUCUGCUAGUUGCUGGUCCAGCUGUGAGUCAACAGAACAUUCCAGCAUUAGCGUCACAAUACACUUAAGGUUGACCUGCGAUGGCCUCCCCCCCUCGUUUGCCGUCUGGAUGUUUAACGAAGUGCUGGCUGGAGAAUAGACGUCACUCUUGAAGACUUGUAGUUGUGAAGAAUGUUGUCAUUAAAAUGUCAGGAGCAAACUUACCUCUAUGCAUUUUAACUUGUGCCGCCUACUUGUAAUAAAAGUCCAUCUCUCCAUUGAAA